AUAAACUUCCGGGCUUCCGGCUAGGGAUGUGCCCACCGCGACCCGGUCCCUUUAAUUCUUCUCCUCUCCUUCUAUUUUGUUCGCUUGUUAAUGUGUUUUAAUCAAAUUAAGGCAUGCCCAGAUAAUAUCCAUUUUCAAUCAAAUUAAUUCUUCCGUUUAUGUGUUUUUCUGUCUAAAUAAAACCAUCACAGUUUUUAGUUCUGCUAAAAGGCAACAGACCCGUUACCAAAUUUAGUGAAAUUUGAUUGUUUUCAAGAACUGAAGUCGCUUUCUUUCCCUGUGAAGUAUUUCAAUUUUUAGCGGCGGCGGCGUUGGGGAGGAGAGAUAUGGACGCCGGCGAUCGGCUUCCGAGGAGACGAAAGAGUCUAAUGCGGCGGUGGUUAGGGCUGAAAGGGGUCAGCUGUUGUGGCGCCUCCUGGGGUCUCGCUCCGGCCGCUGUCAGCCUCAUAGAGGACGACGGAAGAGGCGGCGGCGAGGGAGUCCGGCGAGCGGAGAUUGCCGAGACGGGUAUGCAAAACCUGCCGGAGAACGAAGCGGAGCCGGCGUGCACGGCGGAGACUCCGACGGGAGCAGGAACGAAUCUUGCUGCGGCGUUGGAGGCUGAGCGGCAGUACAGGGCGAUCGUCGAUGGCGGGCAAGUGGGGCCCAGCAACAGCGCGGCGGAUAACGGUGGCGAUGCAAUUAAACGGCCGGCCACCAGAAUGUCGUUGAUGCGGUUGUUGGAGGAAACGGACGGCGGCGAUGCAGGGGAGAUGCAGGUGGGAAGCGAUUCAAUGUGCUGCGUGUGCAUGGGAAGGACGAAGGGCGCAGCUUUCAUACCGUGUGGACACACUUUUUGCAGGGUGUGUUCGACUGAGUUGCGGUUGAACCGAGGUUGCUGUCCCGUCUGCAACACAUUGAUUCUUGAGAUUCUUCACAUUUACUAAGAAAAGAGUAUCAAAGAUUGUCACAUUGAUGGUGGAGAUUUGAUAUACACACCCUUUUACACACCUUAUACACAUCAUGUUUGUGAAUUUUUUUUUGUCUGUGAAUCCGGUUCACAAACAAUAUUUUGUUUAUGCAAAACAUUGUCAGCGAAUCGAUGUUCACAGACAAAAAAAAAAGCUUUCACACACAUAGGUGUGUACAAAAGUGUGUACAAACACCUUUUUUCUUCUUUGGUCAAGUUGUAUGAGGGGUGUUCAUAUGGAAAUUAAGGGGAUUGACCUCUACCCUAAUCCUUAAGGACAAGGUUUGAUUAAUAUUGGCGGAUUGAAUUCAAUUUAUUGAAAUUGAAGUAUUUGUGGUCGAAGAUAGUAGUGGCU